AUGAGCUAUAGAGCUUCCGCGCGGAUCACGACGACAUUGAAUCGGUUUGAUGACGAGGUUUGCUACAGGUGUGGCGCGAGAAGUAGACUAUCAAAGAGCACCGGCUCCGCCGCGGAGAAGUUAACGCGCUUGGAAGGGCUGGAAGCGCGACACUAUGUAGAGAAGCUGCGCGCAGAGAUUGGCGGCAACGUUCUCCUUUUCUGA